UUAUAACAUUGGAGAUAACCAGGGGUAUUGGCUGGCAACAUCGUAUUGACUCGUCUUUGUGACAACUAGACAUAGCAAACCACCGACCGUACCGACCUUUUUCUCCAGAUUUCGAAGAUGAUGCAGUCGGAGACUUUGCCGAUCCUUGAAUCACCGCUGAAAAAGCCAAAGCUUGGCGCGGAGGAAAGAAGGCCAAAUAAGUUUUUGAUCGGAGUUUCGAGCGAGGACGACGGAGGUUUGGGGCACAUCAACGAUAAAAACCUCAUCGAGGAAUAUCUGAAGUAUGAACGCCAGGUCAUUGAAAGCGAAGGUUUUGAUGUAGAUUUCGUUCCGCGGGCUUUUCGUAGGAUAUUCGGAAGCCACAUUUUCCCCUGUAAGCUUGAUGACCCAAAAGAGAUGGAGUUUAUCCAGGAGUGUACUGAUUUCACCAUUGCUCAAUACAAUCGUCUCAUGAAGUCCAAGUCCCAUCUUCAGCUGGUGAAGAUUGUGAAGGCUAAUAAGCGUAGUUCAUAUAAUCACGCUUUUUUCAUAACUUUUGAGGCCCUGAAUACAGUUUCUAACCAGUCUGCUACAUAUACAUAUCAAGCUAAAGUAUUUUGUGGGCACGGUAGGGAUUACAAGGAGUUGUUGUUCAUUAGGAGGAAAGAUCAAAUGAAAGAUAUUCUUUUCCCUGUUGAUUUGAAAGACAAAGAGGAAUACAAGCGGAUUAAGAAGUGUAUUGAUUAUGGUCUUUACGAGAACCGUGACAUGCUGGACAAUAUAUUGAAAUCCCAGCUGAUGCAGCUUCAACUUACAAGGAUAGUGAAUGCUGUCCAGAACACAACAGACCACCGCAUCUAUCGCAUAGUAUUUGAGGCGAUGGAUGUCAGGACACGUCAGACCGAUACUUACUUUGCUGAAGCGAAUUAUGCCUCUCGUGUGGAAAAUGAUUUAGUAGGGAUGCCAUACCUGUGGCGGAAAGGUCAAAAGAAUCAUGAAUAUGAUGGUGAAUUUGAGGAAGAGGAUUGGAGAUGCUUGGAAAAUGGAGUUUUGCGAUGCCUGUAAGAGCAUUCUAAAUUUGCAGAUUGAUUAUGUAGUUCGUUAUGUUGUGAACAAAAUAUUUAUCCUAUGUAUGGACAAAUAUUUGACCUGUAUGGUUUAACUCUGCACUUCCAUUAUCUUGUACGAAUAUUUAUCCAUGUUUGUGGUACUUCUAU